GCAGUGCAAGUGGAGCUUACAUGGCCGUCCAUACCGAGACUGAACAAACGAGCAUGUGACUGAGUAGCAGGGUCUGCACCACAUGAUCUGGACCAGUGGAGGAAGCUUAAAUCAAUCAGUGGUCAUCCCUUUCAUCGCAGUGAUUUGCCACGAGCAGCCAUGUCAACCAAAACGUCUCUCCUGAAAGUUAUCCUCCUGGGCGACGGCGGCGUGGGAAAGAGCUCCAUCAUGAACCGCUACGUCACCAACAAGUUUGACGCGCACCUUUUCCACACCAUCGGCGUGGAGUUCCUCAACAAGGACCUGGAGGUGGAUGGCCACCAGGUCACCUUGCAGAUCUGGGACACCGCCGGCCAGGAGCGCUUUCGUAGCCUGAGGACUCCUUUUUACAGAGGCUCCGACUGCUGCUUGCUCACCUUCAGCGUCGAUGACAACCAGAGCUUCCUCAAUCUGGGCAACUGGAAGAAAGAGUUCAUCUACUACGCUGACGUCAAGGAGCCGGAGAAGUUCCCUUUCGUGGUGCUGGGCAACAAACUAGACGUGAGCGAGAGACAAGUGUCCACCGAGGAGGCCCGGCGGUGGUGCCAGGAGAAUGGUGACCACCCCUAUUAUGAGACCAGCGCCAAGGAUGCCACGAAUGUAGCGGUGGCCUUCGAGGAGGCGGUGCGUAGGGUUUUGGCGAUGGACGAGCGAGCGGACCACCUCAUCCCAACGGACACGAUCAAGCUCCACAGAAAGCCUCGUUCUGCCGCCACCUGCUGCUCAUAACAUCUAAGUUGCUCACCGCAACCUUCGUAAAUAAUCAGGAUUUGCUUACAGAUGAGGUCAGUUGAAAAGGGGAAGCACUAAGUGUGUCUUACUACAUAUAAUUACGAAAGCACUGAGUUCAAAGGUCACGUUUUAAGAAUGAAUUAACUGCAUUUCCUAUUAGCUUUGUGUGGGUACCUAAAAACAUGCCAAUCUGUAGAUGAGUGCAAUUAUGUGAAGAUCGUGUUAAUAUUUAGAUUUGCAUUAUUUCUUAUUCCUCACAUAUGUUACUAACAAAUCAAGUGAUUUUUGACACAUUUGCACGUUUUUGCCUUGUGAAUUGAUUAUUACUAAGUUCUCAGAGUACAAAUGCUCCCUAAUAAGCAUUAAAAGUGGAAACUUGCAUUUUUUUUAUUCACUCGUACAAGAAAUUAAGAGGAAAGUAGUGAUGCAAUUGUGGCUAUUGCUGAAGAGCACCUUUGAUUUUUGGUUUGGGGGACAUUGAGUCUGUUGAUUUUUUUAUGCUUUACAGUUGAAGGUCUUUUUUUUUGCUUUUUUUUCAAAACUGAAAUAAAAUGCUAAUACUUGCAUUUGUUGUUCAUUAUUCAUAUGCCAACCAACAAAUAAAGCAUCUGGGAUGAACUGAA